AUGCCAACACUGGAAACUGAAAAAGUCUUAGACUCCAAUAAUACUGAACUGCUCACCUGGGAUGACCUCACCCAACAGUGUGGGCAAAUCAGUUUUAAAUUCUACCAGAGACCUCCUGUGGCAUCAUGGACAAAACAUUUACACUCUACACUCAAGUCCUUGAUCCACAAAGGGGGAUUUCUAGGCAAUAUACUUGCACUACGACAUUAUGUGUACUGCAUGAAGACAUGGACUACCAAUAUCAUAUUUCUCUUCAAUUUGGCACUGUGUGACUUGACUUGGACUCUCAUGGCACCUUUUUCAGUGUAUUAUAGUCUCCAGAAGUUAAAUGCCUAUUCCAAUCAAGCAUUUUAUCACAUCAUAAGACUAUUUUUUAGUAUUAAUAUCUAUGGAAGCAUCUAUUUCCUGACCCUCAUCAGUUUUGACAGGUAUGUAGGUGCUGUCCAUCCUAUCACUUCAUUAACAUGGUGGGACAAAGGAAAGGCCAUGUCCUGUACCAUCGCAGUAUGGAUCUUCAUAGUGAUUGCGUCAAUGCCGGAGAUCUACUACACAGUUGCAGCUGGAAGACAAUACGGCCUCACAGACUCCCUGGAUGGCACUGCAGGACUGUUACAAUUUGCAGCACCAUUCACGCUCUCCAAGAUUGUGUUGCGAUUCCUAAUUCCAGUCACAGUCAUCUUUACAUGCUAUAUGUUGACUCUCAAAGCAUUAUUAGAACUCAGUAAACGCCAGCAAAGAAGGAACAGACUCGUUAGACCUCUGUUACUGAUUUCCGCCGCUAUGAUUGUGUUUGCUGUUUCUUUCAUACCUUAUCACGUUAUGAUGAUAGUGGUACUAAUUUACAAAAUUAAUUGUCAACCACCCUGUGGGAACAUAAGCACACUACGUGCCAUUUACAAUGUCACAGAGAUCAUCUGCAGCAUCAACAGUUGCCUUGACCCAAUCAUUUUUACGGUAGCAAAUAAGACAUUCUAUCAAAGAAUUAAAAGUAUAAAAUGUCAUCCCAAACACCAGUGCUGCUGUUGUCUGACAGGAAGGGUAAAGGAUAUCACCCUGUCCCCAAGAGCAAUGACUUAA